AAUAACGAUGAAAACGUUGAAGAGGAUGGUAAUCAAAACAAACUGCUUUGUUGAUUUUUAGUUGUUGAACUUUCGUGUGGUAACUGAUAAAAACUACGUCUCGCAUUUACAUAGGCUUCAUUACAGAUACUACCAUUUUAAAUUUCGCUUUUUUUAUCAUUUGUUUUAGAUUUAUUGUUUAAAUCCGUUGUCUUGUUUAAUGUUGCGUUUGGAAAUUGCAUAGAAACGUUACGUUUGCUCGGAAUUAAUUAAGUUUGUGUUGAUGCAUUUUACAUUCCUGACUCCAGAAAAGUAAGAUCGUCUGCAAAGUAUUUGUGAAUGAAAAGCGGAGCUAUUCAAAUGUACGCGAGCGUGGCGCGACCCCCGCUGACGUGACCCAAUCUAAGUCUCAUUCAACAAACCCGCAGAGCUGAAGAUGAAUAGCGAAGUCUAAACAACAACAGCAUCAUCUUGGACGGUCGUGACACAUGCGGGCAUCACAGCAGCGCUCCUGAAUGAGAAAUCCUGCAGUGGGCAGAACAGUUCGUCCACGUCCACCCAAAAGGUGGUAUUUUCUCCCGUGGUGUCUGUGUGGAGCGUGCCACACACCCACUCCACAACAACGACGGCUUUUGCUUGCAUCUUCCAGUGUUUCUUCUGUCAGCAAGUUCAGCGGAGCUGCAACUCGUCCAGCGCCAGCCCGGAGGAACCCAGCGAGGAGCCCCACGACUGUGAGAUGGUAAAGAUGACAAAGUCAAAGACUUUCCAGGCUUACCUGCCCAACUGUCACAGAACAUACAGCUGCAUCCACUGCCGGGCGCACCUCGCCAAUCACGAUGAGCUCAUCUCAAAGUCAUUCCAAGGCAGCCAGGGACGAGCCUACCUCUUUAAUUCAGUUGUGAAUGUGGGAUGCGGUCCAGCCGAGGAGAGAGUCCUCCUAACAGGUUUACACGCUGUGGCAGACAUCUACUGUGAAAACUGUAAAACCACUCUGGGCUGGAAAUAUGAACACGCUUUUGAGAGCAGCCAGAAAUACAAAGAAGGCAAGUUCAUCAUCGAGCUGGCGCACAUGAUCAAAGACAACGGUUGGGAGUGACCGUCGCCUGCUUCCUCUCUGCUCAGUGACCUUCGGGCUACUCUGUCGUGGACUUUGCCGAGUGACACCGCACACGUACAUGCACACAAACGAGAAAACGCACAGACACGCAAACAGACCCGACUGCGCACACACGCAAACCCGUCUACCUUGACACAUCCAGACAUCCGUACCGGGUCAUGGUAAAACUCAAAGGCAGAGCGGACAGAGACAUCUGCGGUCACAAUGAGACUCUGUGGGACCUUUUCCUGAGAUGUACACGUCAACACUUUGGGAUUCAAAACCUGUUUUCUGUUGAACUCUCUGCCCCCUUAACUGGUUUUGGUGUGCUCGGCCCUCGUGUAACCGCUACUCGUAAGCUGUCGACGGUAUCCAGACGACACCGUCUCACUUGUUUCUUACUUUACACUUUGUGAAUAAGCGGGAAUGGUGAGGCGUGAGUUUGAGCGUGCGUGUUAUCCAAAAUCCGAUGUUACCAGUUAGCAUUUUUCAUCUGUUCUGACUUGUCUUUUACGAUGGGGUAGCAACAGACGCGAUUGACGUUACAGACUUUUUAGGGGGUUAGGCUAUGUAGCAGCAUCUCGGAUCCUAUUGGGUGGGAGGAAGGGAGAGCGAGGGAGGGCUUUGGGGGCGUCGCAGUGGCAUCCCUGUGUUUUCUGUCACUUUCCGAAACAUUUUCUUCCUCGGAUGACUUCACUGUGCAAUUCACGGGACACUCUGGUACAGCGGCCCGGCGGGAGCUUUAGUUAUCUCUGGUGCUUUUGGUGAGAUUUACGCAAACCUGCGUCUUUUAGCAUUGAGUUGGCAUUCGUGGCGGGUUCCAUUUUUGAGACCGUACUAUAAUAGACAAAAAAUUCGCCGUUUGGAUGUACUGGAAAAAGUCAAACCAGCGUCCUUUUGGAGCAAGGUUUGCGUUACGUUUUCAUCCCCCUUCACGCCAAAUGAGGAGAUUUUACGGAGUCUCUUAUUGUUGUUGUUAGUGCAAUCAUCAUGUUAGCUCUGUUGUUUUUCGCAUUAUGUUCAUGGCAUACUUGAAUACAGUUAUGUUGUUUGCACUCUGCAGAGGCCUUGUUCAUGGGUUUAGAGGCAAACGUCUGUCCAUUUAUGGCCUUUUUCAUCGCUGGUUGAAUGUCGAAUCGUGGGAUCGGGUGAUUGCUGGCUUGAUCAUCUCCCUCUGGUUUUCAAAACGAAAAAGAACAAAAAUAGUCUGCUUUUGAUGAAUCAACGAAACGAAUUUCAAAUCGGACACGUUUUCGUAUUCUUUUGCUGCUAAUAGAGAUGCAUGCAAUCCAGACGCUUUCACUUUAUAACUGCACUUUACCGGACUGCCUGAGAUCACGCUAGCAGAUCUGCUCUUCAUUUUUUCGUGUAGCUAUCUUUCCGCAACUUUGCCUCUAAGCGACAUGAAUCUUGUGCCUCUUCAAAAAAAGAAAAAAGAAAAGAAAAAACCUCCCUGUCCUCUGUUGUGCGGUGCAUGACUUUGAGAACCAGGCACAUCUGCUGGAAGCUGUCGGAGCUUCAGAUCGAUCUCAAAACAACAUGACCUAAGAAGAAAUGACCUCACUGAACCUCUAUCCACUCCUAAUUCUAUCCGCGAGCGAAAUGUCAUCCAGUAUUUUUUCAUACUUGUAUGUUCAAAGUUAGAGACGUUACGGAUGGGUGGUUGUAUUCUGCGAAGAGGGGCGGGGCUUUUAGAGGGGGAGGAGCUUGCUUCCUGUAGAGGUAAAGAGGGUCAUUUAAUGUAGAAUUUUAUUGAAUAUAUAUAUAUCGAAUCGUAUUGAUAUAUUGAGGUUUUGUUGUGUUUGGGGCGGGUGGGUAAUAUUAUAACACAUAAUAAAGGUCAGUCAGGUCACGUGACCUUUGAAUCAGUCAAAGACAAUGCAGACAAAAUAGUUGUAGAAAUAUCUUACUUGAAAGAAGAGACGGAGUUACAAUACAUUGUCCCGCAGUUUUGUAUAUAAAGUGACAUAUUUAAGGUUUUAUACAUAUUUCUACUGGGUUAGUAUCUCUACUUCCCCGACUUGAAGCACUUUUGUUCACUGUACCUCUGGCUUUGUUUGUGUGUGUGAAUGAGAAGAGAAGUGUGUGUUCGUGUGGAUGCAUGCGUGUGCUCAUUGUUUAUUUGUAGACGUUUUUGCUGUCGUUCACGCGUACCGUUUCCUUUCGACACUUCUUUUGCGUGUUAGACGCGCGCUCUCUUAGCUUGACGAUAGCGAGCUUUGUGUUGUCGUACUUAAAAGUUGAUUUUCGUCCUGGCAAGUGUUUAAUAGCCGACGUGUUUUAGGAUCGUGAUCAGCGGUGAGCUGGAUUCACCUGCCGAAAUUUUACAAUAUAUACAUAGACCCAGAGCAUUUUACAAAGACUUUCGGGAUCGAGACGGAGGCCAGUGUCACUUUUAAUGUGCACCUAAAACAGACACAACUGAGCCGAAAGCUUUGACUUUAAUGUAAAGUGUCAGUUUUGCAGGAAAUAUAAUCACACGGUCAAACCAAAAAGCAAGUUCGUGGCCUCUCCGACUACCAAGUGGGAAUUUUUUUCUUUAAAUGAUGCGUUUUGAUCUUUAACGGCGACAUUGAGGGGUUUCUUUUUUUAUAUUGGCUGUUAAAGGAUUGUUUACUGGACUUUAUUGCAGUUUAGAUUGGUGAUACUGGUUUUAAACCUUAAAUCUACCAGAUUUGUCAUUCAUUUGAAGCGACAGAAGUAUGCAAAGGAAACGAUUGUACGUUUUGAGAGUUGUUUUUAUUAGGACUGUUAAAAUAUAUGGUCUAAAGCAUGAUGUAUUUAUAAUGGCUAUUUUAAGUCGUGCCUGGUUUCUCUUUUUUUUUUAAGCAAAAAAAUGCUUUUUUUGUAUUUGAUUACAUUGCUUCGCUUUCUGUCCUAGUAAAGAAAAGUUACAUUUGUCUGUUCUCACUGUACAGUAAACUAUCAGAUAUCACAAUAAAGCUUCAGUGGUAUUUUGGUUUUGAUGGAUUGUUUCUGUCUAAUGUCUGUUGGAUAUUAGGCUGUCAGUUAUGUCACAUCUUAUGUGUUAUGGGUAUAGUUUUGAAACACUCCGACACAUUUUGGUUUAAAGUGAUAGUUCACCCAAAAAUGAAAAUUCUGUGAUCAUUUACUCGCCUUCUUGUCAUUUUAAACAUUUAUGACUUUCUUUCUUAGGCAGAACACAAAAGAAGAUAUUUUGAAGAAAGUUGGUAACCGAACAGCACUGGACCCCAUUCGCUUGUAUGGACACAAAAUUAAAAUAAAGUGAAUGGGGUCCAGCUAACAUUUUUCAAAAUAUCUUCUUUUGUGUUCUGCGGAAGAAAGGAAGUCAUACAGGUUUGAAAUGACAAGAGGGCGAGUAAAGGAUGACGGAAUUGUUAUUUUUGGGUGAACUAUCACUUCAACUCUCUUUUUAUUGAGGAUAUACAGCAAAAUUAGACAAUUAUAUAAAUAUGUGUUUACUGUAACAUACAGUUACUGUAUGUAUUUUUAAUAAAUAAAUGAAAUCUUUUUUAAUGUAAA